AUGUCGAGCCCUGGACCAUCCAUCGGCGACGCCCGGGACGGCGGCUCGGGCUCCGUGUACAAGACGAGUGAAGCCGCGACGGCGCUCAUGAACGCGAUAUUCGCCCAAGACGUCAUUCAGGUCGAGGCACUGUUGAUGCGAGACGCGACGCUAGCCAAGGCGUUCGUGACUCACUACCACAAACCGUGUCAAGACGAUGAUGGGCGAGACGAGUACACCUCGCGCCCCCGGAUGGAGCCCGACACGCCACGUCCCCGGACCGAGCCCGUCAUCAUUUUCGCCGGCAGGGUGCCGCUCUACUUACGCCGUCCGCGACAAACAGGUAGUCGAGCCGCGUCGACGCAGAUCCUAGCCAUUGCGCAGCUGCUGGUCGACUCGGGCGGUUCGCUCUGCGCAAUACCGGACGCGGCUUACUGGUCAGAAAGAGCGCUCAUUGAUGUCUGCGCCGACUACGACAGCCCCGAGAUGAUGCAUCUCCUGCUGCGCGCCGGAGCUAAGAUGCCUCGCAGCACCGAGGUUUGGUCAAGGACUGGCGGAUUCCUGGAGCACGGCCGCAUGACCGGCGGUAUUGGCUAUAUUGCAGGGUGGAACGGCCAUGUAGGGACCGUUCAAGCACUUUUCGGUCUCGGCUUCCAGUUUACGGCCUUCGAGCGUGGACGGCUCGAUUAUCCCCUCGCGCUCUUGUCUUCAUGCGAGCUCCGCCCGGGCGGCGGAACCUGCAUGUCGGCACUGGCAAUUACGUACGGUCAUCGAGACGUCGUCGCUCUGCUACUGCGCCAACUUGGCCAGGCCGAGCUUCGACGAACCCUUACACCGGGGGAAUGGCCGUGGAACCCAACCGUAAUUGAUGCGUGGCUCGUCUGUGCCGUGGCCAAGGCCUGGAGUAGGGGCGAGACCGAGGCUUGGGCCUGGGAAAAGCCACAGUUGCUCGCUCAAAGCGAGGAGAUAGUGCAUUUACUCCUCGAUCAUGGCGCCAACCCGGCGGUGGAGCAAGAGUUCGGCAAUUCCUUGCUGUUUUGUGCAUGCAGGUGGGCGGGCUCGUCGGUGAUUGAGCGCCUCAUCGUGGCCACGGCAGUAGACGUCAACGCUCGUCGUGCUCAUAUUGAUAUCUUCGAAGGGCCCCGGGGUGGCCGCCAGGUGACGGCAUUACAGCUAGCCGCAACGCAUCAUAACCUAGGCGCCGUUAAGAGCCUCGUCGCCUUAGGCGCCUCCGCCCAACUGACGGAUGAGAACGGCCGCAACGCGCUUCACUGGGCGCUGAUGGGCCGGAAACGCCACGUCGUGCCGGAGGUCCGUCGUAGCGGUACGGAUGGUUGCGAGGCAGCCGUGGUCUGGUCGCGGCCCCUUGACAUCAUGGCCGAGCUUCUGCCAGGCGUGACCGACGUCAGCGCGGCGGAUGGCUUUGGGCGGACGGCCUUGCACUAUGCGGCCAAGUCGUUUCUCUGGGAGGCCAUGGGGGUCUUGAUACGCAGCGGAGCGGACGGCUCGUUGCGAGACUCUGACGGUUGCACGGCCGCCUUCUACAUGGCGAGGACCGCGCCUCUAUGGUGGAUGGUCAAGGCAAUCCGCGACUCAUUCCAUAACGAUAUUAACCUGUCGGAUGGCUAUCUCCUAGGCCUGCGCGCCCUCGGACAGCAGCUUCAAGACUCCCAGGCCCCAAUGGGUCUUGACCUGCGAUGCUUGAGUGGCCAGACGGCACUUAUGGCAGCCUGCCGCGAAGCAAACGUGCCCAUGGUGGAGAUGCUGCUGUCGCUCGGCGCGCAGGUCGACAUCACCGACGACGAAGGGCGGACGGCGCUGCAUCACGUCGUCAUCUCGGCUUACGAGGUCGGGCCCCUUUACUGGGAGGCCGAGGCGCGUGCUGAAGAGAUGAAGCGGCUACUGCGCGACGCUGGCAUCGACGAGUCAAUACGCGACCAUGCGGGGAAGACGGCGGCGGACGUGCAGAGCGCGCUCGAGGCUAAGUGCCGGCCGAAUGGUCGCCGGAAUCGUCGUCAGUAUGAGCCGCGGAGGAGCAGGUCCCACUACGAGUUCUAG